CGAUGUGUUUUUCAUCAACAAGUGCUGAAUGAACAAACAUGGACAGACAGGAAAAGGCGGGUGAUGUCUUACUCUCAGCACAUUUCUCUCAGAUGUUUUGACUUGUAAAGUCCACAGACAGCAUGCAUGGCCUACUUUAUAUUGUCCUGUUCUGUGUAAUAUCUCUAAAAGUGACGGCCGGUACAGUUUCUCAGUUUCCCCCGUCAGUGGAUGUGAGGUCGAGCGAUACAGUGACCAUAUACUGCCACCUGAAUGAGGUGCAGUCAUUAUGUCACACAGUGGCUUGGCUCAGAGUGGAUCCAGUGAAUGGAGAGACGCACACUGUACCGGUUCCUCUUCAGAGUACAACUCGGGUGCAGAGCUCAGUGUGUUCAGUUUCAGUCUACAAUGCAACAGAACAGGAUUCUGGGACAUAUUACUGCAUCGUUUUAGACCGUGAGCAAAUGUACCUUGGGAAUGGCACAACUGUCAUUGUUAAAGAGACAGUGUUGAUGCCAUCUAUUGAAAUUAUGGCAUUUGCCAGCAGCAAUGGUCACGACUCUACUGUGACUCUUCAGUGUGUAAUUGAGCAAUUUGCUCCAUCACAGGUCCAUGCGUACUGGCUCAUAGGCAGUAAUAGGGUGAAUGGACAGAUUGGGAGUAUUCGGGAGCGAAACAGAGAGAACUCAUCAGGGAAAACUGUGAAUCAUAUCACAUUAUUAGAAAAAGAGUGGAGGUCAGCAGGAGACUGUGCAUGUGUUGUGAUGUUUGGCGGACAGACGUUUAUCAAAACUCUGCAUUUUAACGAUAUCCAGGACCUCUGUUACACACUCAUCAGUAUACCACGAAUUGUAGCACUGGUUGCCGUUCUCUUCUUUUUUAUUGUAUUAUUGAUAAUAACUGAAUACUACUAAAUCACAAAAACAUUUUAUUACACAAUUUAAUAUGUAAACAUGGUUUACAUCAAAUAAUAAUAAAUCAUUAAUUAAUUGUUUGACACACAAACAUAGGAACAGCUAUAUAAUUAGAUCAGGUAAAAAAACAAAUAAAUCAUUUAGCCCUAUUUAGUUGUAAUUUGACAAAGGAGAAAAGGGAAACAUUAAUAACAGGCAUAUUGUCAUUAUCAUAAAUACAAAUAGCAUAAGUGUAAUAAUGUAAAGGCAUAUGUUAUGACUGAAUCGACACUGAUCUCCAAUGAAAUAA